AUCCGGUAGUAUUAGACGCAAGUAUUCACGGAUAAAACAAAACUUUUUUGUAAAGUUUUAAAAGAUGUCGUAGAAUUUGUUAAUAAUACAGAUCAUGGGCGACAAAGGUCUCCAAGUCGAUAAUGAAGUGCAUGAAUUGAAAUUAGGUUCCAGCUUUGAUCCUAAAUCAAAAGUAGCUUUUCAUUCAAUCCGAUAUGAUUUCAAGCCAGCAUCAGUUGAUACAACUCAAGAUUCAACAGUAGAAGUUGGUGAAGGUCAUCAAAUAACUGUAUCUGUUCCCCAUGUCGAGGGUGCUGGGACUGAUCAUACAGUUUAUAAGGGUCACAAGCGACCAUGUCUGAAGGAAUGUGUGUUAAUUAUAGAUCAUCAAACAGGGACUUUUACCUUAGAGAAACUUACAAAUAACAUACAGUUGAAAAAAACAAGAAUUGAAGGUAGCAGUAAAGCAGCACUUGGUGGAAGACCUCUGACCCCAGUUGAUAUAAACAGACAGAAAAAUUCUCCAGCCAAGCCUAAAAACCCUCCACAAGUCAGUCCACCAUCACACACUAACUCUCCCUCUGUAACACCUGUCAAUCUGCCUCAAGAUGAAACUAGUAAAGAUGCGUGUCUUUUUGGUGAAAUAAGUGAUGAUAGCAGUAGUUAUGCUUCCAGUAGUGAUAGUGAUUCUGAAACAGAAGAUAAACAAAAAAACCCUAGUCAAGAAAAAGUUGCUCAAACAGGUGGUCUGUUUAAUAUGUUGCCUUCAGCCUCAUCAGCAGUCAAGCCUAGACCUCCGCAGUUUGUCUCAUCUCUGAGUGAAGAUCUGAGACUGAGUGAAUCAAGUAGUAGUGACAGUGAUGAUGAUUAAUUGGUCCAGAGGUUGUUUGUGCUAAAUACUGACCUCUACUACAGGGUAGUACAUUGAACAUUUCAUCUGAGAGGGAAUAUGUGUAAAUGGUUCAAUAAAUGACUACAGUUAAGAGAUUAAAUGGUGCUUAAUUAUGAAAGCCAUGUUUUAAUGGUUAUUUUACACCAGUGUGUGAUAGAGAAGUGUAAACAUGAGUUAUCAGAUAGUUUCUUGUACACUGAUAUGUGACCCCGAAAUGUAAACAUGUUUUACACCAAUGUGUGAUAGAGAAAUAUCAGAGAGUUUUGAAUGUUAAUAAUUGACCUUUCAAAGUCUUUAUUGUAAUGCUUGACUACUUUGAUGAAGUGAUAUUAUCUGUGGUUUGAAUUAGAAAUUGUCUUUGGUUUGGGUGGAUGGGUUAAUAAUGAGACAAACUUAAUUAAAUAAUGAAAGAUAGGGAAAAUGAUAGAAAUGAUAUUUUUCAUUAUUUAUAUGCGACACAUAUGUUAUUUGACUUUACUGUUACCACUUAAGACUAACAUUGAAUAUUAUUUUAUGAUGUUUCAACUAUAGGAUUUUGAUGAUCUAAUACAGGGGAUUUUUCAAAUGCCUUAAAUCUGUUUCUCAAGAAUAAUAUUUGUGGUAUGUCUGUUGAGGCUUGCUUGAGUUGGAGAUGAUAUGUGGGAAUUAUUAUUUUUCACUUUUAAUGGUAUUUGAUUGAUUUUCUCUCAAGGAUACGAAUGAACUCAUUUAAACAACAUCCAUUUACAUUCCUAAGUUACUUCUCUGGUUGCUAAUUCAUAACCUAAAGAAUCAACCUCUAAUGUUGCAUGGCUUUUCUGAAAUACAGUUCUUAAUAUAGAUUUCAAGCCAAACACCUUUAUGAUAAUUGUGUAAUUGAAGCUUUGAGGUAAUUCAUGGAAUUCUUUGGAUUUUGGACAGGGAAAUUAAUGCUGGUUUUUCUGUUUUUUGCAAUGUACCAAAUUUCAUGGGCCAAAGGCCAUGCAAGCAUCAAAAGAAAAUUCUGAAUUUACUUUAAUUAAUAUUUUUUUAUUUUUUUCCAUUUAAAUGUGGAUGGCUUGUUCACAACAGCUUGUUUAAUUUAAUUUGAUUAUGACAAUAAAUUUCUGUUUCUCUUGUUUGAUUCUUUAAUUGUGGCACAAACGAAAGCAAUAAUGUUAAAUUGCCUAUUACAUUAUGUAUUUUUUGAGGAUCUCACUCUAUAGCACCAUAUACAUGAUCAAAUGCGAAAAUAUUAGAUGGCAUCACACAGAACCUAUUAUUUUGUGUAUUCCUCGUGUAAUAAAACCAAUUUGAUUCUAAAUUCAAAAAUGUUCUUAAUGCUUUGUAAGCUUUGAUUGAUAACAUUGAAAACAACUAAAUUUUGUAAAAAAAAGUCCUCGUACCUCAGUAGUUAAAGGAAACAUAUCAUAAUAAGCCAUAUAUCGAUUUGUCUUUUCAAUAAUUCACUUGCUUUUUAUGAAUUCUGUUUGUGAUUUAUAUGUAAUUAGUUUUUACUGUUGUUUUAUAUACAGGUUGGAUAAAAGUAGGAGAGGACAUUUUAAGUGUAAGAUGAGAUCAUAACCACCUGUUUUUGUUUAGUCUUAAUCUUGCUAAUUUUUCUUGACAAAACAAUAGAGUUAAAAGGAAUGAAUAUGUUUUAAUACAUAUACAGGGAAAAUAUUGUUGGUUUUCAGAGACAUACCAGUAUGAAUUUAAAAAUAUCACCUUGUUGUUGCUAAAAAAUUUAAUCUCAUAAAUUUGUUUGGAAUGCAAAUUAUUUCAAAUACCAGGAAUUGUCAACCUAACAAAAAUCCAUACUACCUAUACAUGUAGUAGGAUAUUUUAUGUUCUGAGAACAAUAUUUAUACCCCACGCAACGAGUUUUUGACCCGUUUGUCCGUCCGUCCGUCUGUCCGUCCCGUCCGUCUGUCUGUCCGUCCUUCCCGUCUGUCUGUCCGUCCGUCCGUCUGUCCGUCCGUCAGUCCGUCAGUCCUGUUUCUUGUCAUCGCAACUCCUCUCAAACCACACAACAGAAUUUCACGAAACCUUUUCAGAUAAUAAGGACAUACUACGUAGAUGUGCAUAUCGACAGGAAAUUACGAUUCAAUUUUUUUUCCAGGAGUUACUCCCCUUUGAACUUAUUUACUUUAAUUUACUACUGCAACAGUUUGUCAUCGCAACUCCUCUCAAACCACACAACAGAAUUUCAUGAAACCUUUUCAGAUAAUAAGGACAUACUACGUAGAUGUGCAUAUUGACAGGAAAUUAUGAUUCAAUUUUUUUUCCAGGAGUUACUCCCCUUUGAACUUAUUUACUUUAAUGUACUACUGCAACAGUUUGCCAUCGCAACUCCUCUCAAACCACACAACAAAAUUUCAUGAAACCUUUUCAGAUAAUAAGGAUAUACUACGUAGAUGUGCAUAUCGACAGAAAAUUACGAUUCAAUUUUUUUUCCAGGAGUUACGCCCCUUUGAACUUAUUUGCCCAAUAUACUACUGCAACCUUUUGUCAUCGCAACUCCUCUCAAACCACACAACAGAAUUUCAUGAAACUGUGUAGAUAAUAAGGACAUACUAUGUAUAUGUGCAUAUUGACAGGAAAUUAUGAUUCAAUUUUUUUUUCUUACACUUAUUUUAUUUCUCCAAUGAUAAUGUGGGGACGUGGGGUAUGUGAGCGCGCGCUCACUAAGGUUCUUUCAUUUAGUUAGAAACUAGAUAAGAAACAAAUCCUUCUGUAGUUCUAAUAAAAUAUUGCAGAGAAUGAACUAAAUUCAUAUUGUUCAAUGAAUAUAAUAUAUUUCAUAGGAUAGCUUUUGAAACAUUUUUUUAAUAUAGAAAACAAGGCCUAUUGAGAAUAAGAGUUGAAGAAAUUUUGAUGAAAGUUAUUAUAUGCCAACAUGUAAUUGCAUAGAGUUGUGUUGUCCAGUCUGGCCAUAUCCAAUUUCACAUAUUGAAUAAAAUAUGUCCAGUUUUAUUCAAAUUUUAGUAUUAAUUACAAUCAGUUUUGACAAUUUUUUCUUCUGUUUUUAGAAUUAUUGCUCUAUGUUUAAUACAGAUGUUGCUUAAACCAAAUCUCAUAAAAGUUUUAGACAGUGUUUGGAUUGAUGAAGUUAUGUUGUCCAUCAAUUAAAAAAAUGUAUUUCUUUAAGAAAUUUGUUUGCAGACACAAUAUGGGUAUUUAUUUACAUUUUUGGGGAACUCAAGUUAAUUUUGACUGAAUUAAUGUGUAUUGUAUAAGACCGGGUUGCUUCUUUUAAAUUUUGACAAUAUUUAAUUUUGUAUUUCCAGAGCUUAUGAAUUAUAAGACACUUUUUCAGAUUACAUACAAUAGGAAUAUUGGAAAUUACGUUAGGACUGAUGGAAUAAAGUUUAUGAAGUAACAGUGGAAAAUUCAGGGGGGGGUUCCGGAGGUUGGAACCUCCCCUUUUUUUUGGACGAUCAAUGCAUUUGAAUGGGGACAUAUAGUUGGAACCCCUCCUUUAUCCUGGGUUAGGAACCCCCCUCUCAUAAAUGGCUGGAUCCGCCCCUGAGUAAGGCUAGGGAUUGGUAUAGCAUGUGCUCGUGCUGUGUAUUUUUCCUGGAAAAAUUCUAGUACGCUUUUAUUAUAUUUAAAAUUUUAAUAAAUGAGAUUGAUUACAAACAUUCCUCAUUAAGAUGUGAGUUUGUGAGUUCAAUACAAAUAAAAGGCUUGGUGAGUAAUUGUUCAAAAAAUAUAAUUUUUUGGCUUCAGAAAUGUUAAAACAUUUUUUAGUGUUGUUAUAUGUUAUAAGGAAUGUGAAAAAUAUCUUUGUAUAUUAUUACAUAAUAAAUUAUUGCAAAUAUGA